AUUCUUGUCGUACGCGGGGAUCGAAUCCGCAACACAGGCGUGGUGACAUAUACCACUGGUCUAUCCUUUACUCAAACAUUAGUCGAACUUACUUACUUAACGGCUUACUAAUAUAAAUGUAUAAGUUUAUUUCUUAAUACGAGUUAAGUGACGCUUAAGACGAGUAAGUUAUCUAGGUAAACAGUUUAAGGACUGGCACGUGGCAUUCAGAUGAAGCUGCAUACCAACAGAAUAGCGUGAUUAUAAAUAUGAAUUUAUGAUUUGAGUAAAAACGAAAUCGAAAUACAUUACCAUUAAAAACAAUACAAUCGUCAAUAAAUCAGGCCGUGAACAGAAAGCGUGACAAAAAUAGCUGACAAUUAAACAUUCUAAAUAUACAAUAUAAUUUCAGCAGUUGUUUUACACUAAUCGUGAUUAUCCAUGAAUGUAUAAUUAACACUAAAAAUACCAGUUGACAAGUGACUCUCGGGUUGAGUCACGAAGAGUUUCGAAUACUAAAAAUAUACACUUAAAUUUGAACUCUAUUCCAAGAACUUUACAGUUCAUUUUCUGUUAGCAGGUAGCAGUGUGUGUUGCACAAAAUAUUACCGGCAUGUAGCGAUGUGACGUUAGAGCGGCAUGGCAACACCGCGUCGCUGUGGCGUCGCGCGACCGCAGAGCUCCAUCCCUUUCCAGCUCACGUUAUCGAAUGAGACAGAGCAUGCGCAGCGUGUCGGUGUGGCGCGUCAGUAUACUACGAGUUGAGUGGAAGGUCACAGCGUUCGGUGUAAACAAAUAUCCGUCUUUAUCAUUGCAAAAAACACACAAGGAUGAAAGACAAUCAGCAUUUGAUGAUAGAAUUGGUGAAGAUAGUAGAACGUUUUCCAGAACUCUAUGAUUUGAACUUGGACUCGUAUCGAACAAGAUUUUCAGAGGAUGCGUGGGCAAAAGUAGCUGCCUGUGUUCAAGCAGAACUAAAUGAAGAAUGUACAGUUGAUGAAGUAAAGGUGAAAUGGAAAGGGAUAAGAUCAUCGUUCAAUCGAUAUAAAGCUAAAUUACACCAAAAUAACAAUGAGGGAGGAUUCUUCAAGAAGUAUUAUUUGUACGACCAUUUACGGUUUUUGGAACCAUUUGUUAGACCAAAAGGCUCACCGUCCAGAGAUCAGGAUAAAUCAUGUAACUUCGUAUACGUUGAUAAUGCUGACACAAACACACAUAGCAACUCUAUAGAGGAAUGGAACCAUAUUGAAAUAAAACCAGACUUCUCUAACAAUUUCGAUAAACAUGAAGCAGACACAAAUGAGGUUAGUAAAAGAAGUUCCAACGACGUUUCAUGUCAAGAGAAUGCUAAAAAAAGAAAAUGUUCUAUGGACAAUAAAGAUACAGAAGAAGAGAGUGAAGACUUACAGUUUUUUAGAAGUAUUUUACCAGACAUAAGAAACUUUACAAUAAAAGAAAAACGAAAAUUUAAAAUGGGAAUACUGAAACUAAUUGAUGACAUAGAAAACGAAAGAAAUGAUGAAACGUAACUAGAAGAUGUUUUAAGACUUUUAUUUUUGUAUCAAAUGUGUAUAAAAUAUGCUUACAACA